UGCCGGCUCAGGGCUGCCUACUUGGCCACCGUCACCUUACCCGGCCAGAGUGGUUUGUUGUUUUUAUCUCGGCACUCAUUGCUCCUCUGUGAAACCCCUUCCACCUGUCCCACGGCUCUGGUUUACAGCUCUGAAAUUGUCACGGCCGGGGCUGUGGUCGUAAAUAGGUUAAGGACCUUUGCUGCCAGGCCUGGGGAGUGCUCUGAAACUGUAAAUGCUGGAAUUAAAAAUCUAUAUUUGACUCCUGCUGUAAAACGGAAACCAAGGGUGUGCAUUGAGAGCAUGCCAUCAGAAAUGCUGCUGAAGAUAUUUUCGUAUUUGGAUGCUGUGUCCCUGUUGUCUAUCGGUUGCGUGAAUAAACUCUUCUAUGAUCUGGCUAAUGACAAUGGAAUUUGGCUGAAAAUCUAUUCCAGUUGUUUGCAGCCAAAAAGGACAAUUUGGAAAAUGAAGUCUGAACAAACAGAAGCUGUUCCCUUGGGCUGUGCUGCUCUGCAUGAUAAAAAGCCUGGGUACUGGAAGAAAGAAUACAUCUUGAAACAAACAGCUGCUGUCAAAACUAGAGUAAUGCGACUUGCUAAACCUCUAGAUCCUUAUACGGGUCUUCCAUUUAAAAACAAAGAAGCUAUGAAAGUCUCGGGCUUGAGUUGGAUAAUUGUUCUAAAAGAAAAAAAUGGAAAAGAACAUGUAGUGGAGAAGGCAAGCCUGUCAUUUAAGGACACAUCUGUUACCAUACUUUGGUAUAGUACAAACUGGCCAUGCUUAGAUGUUGUGUCAACCCUAAAACUAUUUGGAGUUACGCCGCUGCUUCUUGACCAAAGCAGACCUCCCAGCAAGAAUGGACCUCGAAGACGUUCCUUAAUUGCUGAAUACCAUCUUGCUAACCUGACUGAAAGCAGUGUAGCAGUUGGUGGUGAUAGCCUUGUUCAGCUCUUCAGUCUGAAUCCAGGACUCUUAGUAGGAAUUUGGAAGGAGAAAAAUGAAAUUGCUUUCGUUAUGGUGAGUCUUCAUUAUCAUCAACUUCUUGAGAGAAGCAUUCUGGGUUCUGCUACUGUUCGAUAUGCCCCUCCACUUAAUAAACCUGCGUUCGAUGAUAUUGACCCAGAAUAUGGACUGCAUGACUACAGUCUGCAUCUGGAAAUGCAUGGCAGAAGCUGCACCUACCUGCGUGGAACAUUCAGGAACCUCUUCUGCAGAAAAGGUGACAUUGCAAAUGGAUACUUGAGGCUCACAGUUGUAAGCUUAAAGGAUAAUAGGAAGCACUUGCCUCUUAUUGGGACACUUGGCUUAUCCUGGGAAACAGAUGUGUUUAAAGGCAAUGUAAAGGACUGCUACAUGAUGAAUCUUACUCUCUUGGAUGAAAUUGGAGAGCCCUUCUGGUGUUUCAGUGCCCCAGUCCACAUGGAACUGUCCUCCAGGACAUCUGGCCUUUAUGAUUACAUGGGUCAUAUCUAUACCACAAACUAUGCAGAUUCGGAGGGUAAAGUUUGCAUUAAGUUGAUAUGGCUGGAAGAAACCAAGGAGUAUAUUAUAGUCAAUUUAGUGCUUUAUGUAAGCACCAAAAAAGUAAAUAACUGGUAUGGAACAAAUUACUGACUUGACUGGCCCACUAAUUUCCUUGCUUUAAAAACCAAAAUAAACCAAAAAACACACUAAACCUUUGAUACCAAUGAGCAAGACUGUUCCUGCAAGGUUUUCAGUAAAAAGUGCAAUUGCAUAAUUUGUUUAAUUGGUAUUGGAGAUAUCGAAGAGAUAUAUUAAUACAAAUGAUAGUUUUUCUUCUCUGUUGAACAUCACAUGGCUAAUCUGUUUCUGAUACUAGGUAUGUUGAAAUUACUUUUAUGAAUAUUUAUAGACACUUGUUGCUAUGGUUAGAGAAUUUCUUUUGAGAGCCAUCCUUUGAAGAUGCCUUAUGUGAUGUAAGCUGCAGUUUUUGAGAACAUUGACUUUUAUGCACAGUAAUAAAACAGCAUGUGUGCUGUUGCC